AUGAAAGGUGCGGUUCUUGUUGCAAUUGCUGCUUCCAUCAGGAAUUUUCUUCAGGGUUGGGAUAAUGCUACCAUUGCUGGUUCGAUUCUUUACAUUAAGAAAGACCUUGCUUUGCAAACAACUAUGGAAGGGCUUGUGGUGGCCAUGUCGCUAAUUGGAGCUACUGUCAUUACGACUUGCUCUGGUCCCAUCUCAGAUUGGCUUGGUCGGAGACCAAUGUUAAUAAUCUCAUCCGUGCUGUAUUUCUUGGGUAGUUUGGUGAUGUUAUGGUCUCCUAAUGUUUAUGUGUUGUGCUUAGCAAGGCUGCUUGAUGGAUUUGGUAUUGGCCUUGCCGUAACUCUUGUUCCAGUUUAUAUAUCGGAGACUGCUCCCUCCGAUAUAAGGGGGUCGUUGAAUACACUUCCCCAGUUCAGUGGUUCUGGAGGAAUGUUUUUAUCAUAUUGUAUGGUUUUUGUGAUGUCAUUGAGUGCCUCGCCUAGCUGGAGAGUAAUGCUCGGGGUUCUCGCUAUUCCUUCUCUCUUCUUUUUUUAUAUUGACAUUAUUCUUCUUGCCCGAGUCUCCUCGAUGGCUCAUGUGUCAGGCGAGAUGGCAUUGCUGGUUGAAGGUAUCGGGAUUGGAGGUGAUGCAUCUAUAGAAGAGUACAUACUCAUGAUAUUUUGCAAACCAAAGAAAUUAAUCUUGUUCUUGCUUACACCAAAGCUUCUGAGUUUGAGUUUGUGCACCAUAAGGGUAAUGCUGCAACUGCAUGUUGUUGGAUCAACUUCGGCAUGGGAGAGAUGGGUCUUCCACUUUGCACAUCUACGUCAACUCCCUGUUUUGGUUCCUUACAUGCCUACCGAAAACCCGAGACUACGUGAUACAGCUUAUGAGGUUGCUCUUGUCGCAUUGGCUACAAAUUCAUCUUUCCAUAAGGAUCUCUUAUCCACUGUAAAAUCCUGGCCAUCUGUAAUCUAUUCUGCACCACCUGUUAUUUCAGCCAUUGAACCACAACUUAAUACUUCGUCCAUGACUGACUUACUCAAAGAGGCAUUAGCGGAGUUGUAUGUAAUUGAUGGACAAUAUGAGAAAGCCUACUCAUUGUAUGCAGAUGUGGUAUAUUUUAAACCCAACAACAUUUCUUUGCUUUAUACCCCAAGAUCAGAAAAUGUACUCACAAGAAGGUAUAAAUUUGGACAUUAUAGGUCAUUUUUGAAAGUCAACAAAAACACCUUUUUUUCCAAAGCUUAUAACUUGAGCAUGGAAUAUCAAAAUGAGAUGAGACCAAAAGGGUUGGUUGGAGGACAUCUCAAGCUUUCUAAAAAGUCCAAGAACACCUCCAAAAGUUCAAAAUUGAAGAAGUUAUGCAUUGUUGAAGUUGGGCAUUUUUGCAAAAUUGCCAAAAGUCAACUAUCCCCAAAACUUCAAAUUUUGUCAAAUGGGAUCAUUCUUUUCCACUUGAUUUGA